UCACCAUGAAAUUGAUGAAAAUAGUCCAGCGUUCAAGCUUUGCAUUGACGACAUACGUCGCAGCACUGAAGGUAUUUAUGCUAUCACUAAAACUGAUUACCGUAUCUCACUUAUCGAAGAAGCUAUUGACGAUUAUGUGAAG